AUGACAAACAAGAUGAAGUUCAGACCCUACGACAUACUGGUCAAGAAAACGUCCGACAAAGAUAUCAUUAUGUUCAAAUUGAAGAGUUCAGAUACUAUCAAGCAUCUCAAGGCCAUGAUCCAGUGCGUGGAAGGCAUGCCGGUGGAGCGACAAACCCUAGUUUACAAUGGCAAAGUGCUGGAUCGUGACAACGAAACCCUAGCAGCGUGCAAUGUUGAAAGUUGGUCUACUGUUCAUGCAAUCUUUUGUUCUGAGAAAAUUAAUCCCAAAGUUGAUGGUGUGAGUAUCCAUGUCAAGGUGCCUCGCUGGGGACCUGUUUUGGUGGACGUAAAACCGUGGUUUACUGGCCGGGAGAUUAAGGUGGUGACAGGGAGCGUGGUAGGGUUUGGUUUGGACGACUUCGUGGUGAGCCACGGUGAGGAGUUUGUAGAGGAUUGCACGAGGAUUAGUGAGUGCAAUCUCAAUAAGAACCUUCCUUUUACGUUGUUGCCGAUUGCUGGAAAGUUUGCUGAAGUGCAACUUGACAAACUAUGGCUUUUUCAUGGUGACCAUAUGGUUUAUCUUGAUGAUGAUGAGAAAACCCUAGGGUUUUACCAUGUGAACAAGAGAUCAACAAUUUGGGUGUUCGGUUCUUCUUCGAAACUGUCCAUCAAAAUGCCGCAGGUUGGAGAAACGAUCGCGCUUAGCAUCUACAAGGUCAGUUCCGUAAUGGACAUCAAGCAAUAUAUUUGUGAGAAGAUGGGGAUCCCAUGUACAAGUCAGAAACUUUUUUACAAGGGGCAGUUGCUUGAUGAUGCUGAGUGCCUGAAAACCUACAACAUGGAAAGGAAUUGUGUUGUUUAUGCAGUUUUUCGGUGUGGCGAUCCAGCUGAAGAAGUUGAAGAAACCGACGAAAUAAGCUUAACAUUUCGGAAGACAGAGAGCAACUCGAAAGAAAACCUAGUGAAGCACUCCCAUUUCCAAGAACCGGAAAGAAAACCAGACCCAAAACCAGAGUAUGAUGAGGAUUCAUUUGAAAUCAAGUUAAGUACUUCGCAUACGAUUUUCGAUGUCAAGGUAAUAGUUGAGAGCAUCUCUCCAUUAACAAUCUACGUCCGAACACCUGAUGUUACCGCACUGGGACUUCCAGCUAAGAGUUCGGACAUCAUUGACGAUGUUUGGAUUCCCCCACCAAUGAUUGAAGACAUCAAUGUGACGGGGCCAAACGGUACAAUCACUAAGGUGGAUGUGAACCCUUCCCACAUAAUCAAGGCAGUGAAAGAGAAGAUUGAAGAAAUACGUGGCAUCCCAUAUGGGAUACAAAGCCUUACUUAUGGUGAUGAGGAACUUGACGACAACACGUCUAUAGGGCAGUAUGAGGUGCUGUUCGGCAGUCUAUGGGCGCUAAGGUGGAAGUUUUCUCGUAGUUCUUGGUCGUUCUUCUGGCCUUCAUACAACGCACUGCACUGCUGA